GUGCAACGUGUUAUUUAUCUCGAGAUAUAUUUUAGGUUGGUCUAUCCACAUUUCACAACCAGUUUCCAGAGUCAACUAUUCAGCAUUUAUUGACACGAUGAAUAGUUUCUAAAGUUUACAACAGUGAUUUGUAACAUCAUGAGGUCCAGCUUUUAUGCACUGGCAUUAGCUGUGGUGAUUUCUUCACAUUCGACUGCAGGUGAAAACAACACUAACAGUCAACUUCCAGCUUUACAAAAACGUCAAAAUCGGGUACCAGGCAAAUGGUUUCAAUUGCCCUACAGCUAUCCGUUAUUAUUCACACCCGUCGGUGAUGAUGGUAGUGGUCAAAUUGAGUUAUCGUACAUCAUUUCCGGCUUCAUCCCACCCAGGGCAGUAAGGUUCACUUUGGAAUUGUGUACAACUUUAACGUGUUUCCACGAGAAGGCGUUUCACUUCAGCGUCCGUUUAAAUACACAAAUAGUUAUCAGGACUCAUAAGAAUGUGAAUAAUUGGGCACCGGAGCAAACAAGAGGAGCUAUGCCUUUCACAAGAGGAACCUAUUUUACACUUGAAAUAAGACCUGAACAGACAAGAUACAAGAUAUCUGUAAAUGGUACUUUUUUCACCACCUAUGACUAUGCAGUUCCAAAGGAAGAUGUGAAAUAUAUAAAAGUGUUUGGUGAUGUAAAUAUCAACAGAGUUGCUGAAUCUGGAACACGUAGAAAAGCUACAGGUAUUUAUUACCUCCGAACGCUAGCCACGGGUGACAAUCUACGCUCCAAGAUAACAAUGAUUCCUGGUUCUAGAUGGAGGUUCACAAUCUAUCUAUGUGACGAAACUUAUGUCCCUGGUAUGGACGACUUUCCAAUUGCAUAUCAGAUGUCGAGGAGGCAAGAUGGUCAAUUCGGCAAUAUGUUUUUAACACGCAUAGGAACUGUUGUACGAUACCCCAAACAAAAUUUCACGGCGCAGGAUAAUUUUCAGGUGGACUUGGAAAUCUUGGAUGGACUCGUAAAGUCCUAUGUUGAUAAUAAAUACACCGGAGAACAUGUCGUAGAUACGUCGCGUGUCUUUUAUCAAGUCCUUCAUGGUGAGGGUUAUAGUCAAGCAACUUCAGAGUGUUAUCGCAUCCCAUAAACAUUUCAAAAUGAGUGUCGACAAAUUGUCAUAAUGAGCCAAAUGCCCGUAGACCAUUUAUGCAGUAAAAAUCUUGAAAAUUAAACAAUGUUAACAUUAAGUAAAUUUAACGCCGUUUUAGUUUAUAAAAAUUUAAUACCAUAGCUAGAACUUGUUUUAUAAAACGGUGCUUAGAAAUUUUGAUUUGAUAUUACAUUGACACAUGCUGUGCCACUGUGAUCAGAUGCGUUUCGAUUGUUGUAAUUCAAACCACCCGGUUUUUUUUUUAAAUUGAAUAUAGUUGCCUUAAUAAACACAGAUUAUAUCUAUAGUGAUGAUAUAAACACCGACAAUACUAUUAUAAAUAUAACUUAAAGAAUUUCGCCUGAUUAAAAUAUAUUAUUAUAUAUCUAAAUUUAACUUUAUAAGUUACUCAUAUCCUUAAGUACAGUCAACCUAAUUGAAAACUUUUUAAGGCUUUUUGAGCUAUCGUCGGACAACUCUUCUACGUAUACUAAACCUAUAUAAACCUAAGCAAUUCACCUACACAUACAGACAUAUUAGAGCCAGAACUACAACUACACUCACACCUAGACCAACAUCUAAUCCAACAGCUACAGCUAAAAUAUACACCUACACCUACACCUACACCUACACCUACACCUACACCUACA